UUAGAAAUGUAACAUAAUUGCAGAUGUAAUACUACUAAUCAAGCCCUACGUGUGCGGUGCCAUCUUACGAGGGUUGGUGAUACAAGAAGGAUGUUGGUAACACAUAAUCGUCGUAUUAUUCCUUUAGUGAGGGGGUGGGCGGCGGAGGAUGGUGCAGUUCUCGUGUACAUCGGUACAACGCGUGAUGCUUUGCGGCAGACUCGACUACGCCUCAUUCCAGCAUUAUCACCUCCGUCACUACAAUCUGAAGCAGAGCUCUAAAGGCAGUCUGGAUACCUAAGUCUGUAUGAUGCCAGAGCACAAUGUUCAGCACCAUACGAUAUAGCAAUGUGGCAGACGGGCCAUGCUAUCUCGAGAAAACCGCAGCUCCUUUCGACAGGAAGCGCCAUAGCAAGCCCGCACGCAUUGCGUGCUGGAGCUGCCGCGUGAGCAAGCUGAGAUGCAGCGGCGAAUCAAACGGCUGUCAACGAUGUACGGGAAAGAAAAUCAAAUGUCGCUAUCCCGAAGUACCGGGCCCGGCUCCCAGACGCCUCGUAAAUACGGAAAAGUGCGAGCUGUCGCCCCCAAAGACUUCUCCCGAUACCAUUGAGGACACGCCGGGGAGCAAGGUAGGACCGUGUACUGCCGCCGAUGCAGCGGCUGGUAACUUGACGUUGGCAAAGCCUCCUCUAGCAGCGGUGUCGCCUACAGCCACCACGGAAUGCGACAACAGUAGUCCGGACUCUACCCCCUUAUCACUCGAUCCGGGGUCCGGCUUGUCGCAAUCCUUUGAGUGGCCGAGUUUCUUAUUUUCCAACUUCCAGACUUGCGCCGACGAGAACAUGGAUAAAGACUCCGAUCCGUGCAUGAUGACGGAGGCAUUUUUUGACAAGCCCGACGAUAGCUGCAGCUUAGCGGUUAACAAUAUUCCGGACGAGGGGUUUAAUCUAAUAGGAGCUGGAGCCAAAAACACCCGUCCAAAUUGUUCCUGCUUCGAGCGCAUCAUAUACACACAUGAGGAUAUCGAGGUUAAUCUUCUGUGGCGUCGCUACAACAUAGGCUCCGGCGACGACAACCUGCUACAGAACCAAAAGAGGGCACUGGCCGAUUUCGAAAGCCUCAUGGAGUGCGGCUCGUGCACCGCGCGAUCCGCGUACAUGAUGCUCCUCAUAUCCAUAGGCAGGAGGAUCCUCGACAGCUUAGACGCUGUAGACGGGACAGGCCCGCCGGCGCCGGCCGCUAUGGAGCGAGACUACUACGACGACGGCGCCGGUGGCGGCGGAAGAUGUAAACGCGCGCGUAAAGUAAGCAUCGGAAAUUGGAAGCUAGACGCGGACGACGAGUUCCGAAUCUUCCAGAGUCUCGCGGCCGCCCGCGCGACCAAGUUGUCAGGUCUGGUCGAGAAGCUAGAACGAAUCACCCGCAGCCACAACUGGCCCGCGCAUCAAGACAUACUCGGCGACAUGAGCGAGGUCCUGCGUAAGAAAUGUAUGGCCUAUGCGGGAAGAAUAGAGGAGAUAAGCCAGACGUUAUCGUAAUGAUUGUAUGCGAGAUACUGCUGUCCGUGAUGUUCAUCAAGUACCUAAGACUUGAAAGUACGUAGCAUUCACCGGGCUCCAAUCGAAUCGCGAUCGUUAACUCCAAUCCCCCUAACGUCCUCGGGGUGCACCGCAUGCUACUCCGAGAACAUGUCACCCAAAGUACAUCAAUUGAAUCCUACUUGUGCAACGGGACCAACAUUAUGAACCGUCAUUCCCGACACCGAGCGAAUUCGGCAACGUCCCCUGCCGGGAAGUCGGCCUGUAAUUA